CAGUUUAGAACCCUGAGAACACUGCUGUAGAGAGCAUCCACCGCUGCAGCCGCAUCACCAGCAACUCUAGCAGCCACAGUGCCGUAACACCAGCUGCACCCAUACGUCUACGGCAGCAAUACAAAUAACCAACAGAGGAAAGGGGAGGAGUUCUCUGGCCAUCUCUGAUGACACACAGUCUCCAUGGCAACAAAUCCAUGACAAGGCAACAGAGGAGGGUACUGCAGGCUGCAAUUUGAGCUGUCUGCUUCAGGAAUGCAGUGGUUAAUGGCUGUACGGAAGAGCUAGGAAGUCAGCAAAUUUUAAUGACCAAUUUUGAUCAAGUAAAGAACACCCCUGUAUGUUUUGGAAUAAAAUGGAUAACUCUUUUGUGGAAGAAGUGGCUGCAUCUUUGGUUAGAGAAUUUCUCAGCAGAAAGUUUGUGCAACGCAGGAGGAAUAUGAGGACUUCUAGACAGCCAUUAUCAGAUGUCAUGCAUGCCUGAUUGACCUUUGAACAUACAAUACAGCUUGUUUUCUACACAUGAGACCUGAUCAGUGGAAGGUUUAAAAAAGACAAGUGCCAUUAUGGACAGAGAAUUUCCACGUACUGCACUUAGCAUCAACAAUAGAAAUGAACUGCGAAAUGUUUUGCAUCUACAAUCUUUGUACAAACAAAAUAAGGCAAAGGAGAAUCCACUGAAAACAAUUCUUGAAGUUAUCACCAACUAUUUUCUUGAACAUUUUGGGACUACCAGAUGUAUCGCAAGUCCUGCAGCUUCAGUUCUACAAGCUAAGAGCUCACAGCCUAGGUGUAUAGAAACAUCAUCAGUUAAUGAUUACUUAGAUGAAGACAUGCAUGGCAGAACAACAGUGUCUGAUGCAAGUAAAACUGAGGUUUACAGAUAUGACAUUGAUGUUCCACUAUAUAAAGACAGACAUCAACAUAAAAGUGAGAAAUCCAAGACUGUGGUAGUACCCAAUAGUGGCUCAUCCUCUGAAGGAGAUAAAAAGUCAAAAAAUAGCAGAGAUGAUUUGAAAAUAACAGAAACUUCUGAGGAGAUGAAGACCACAAUGAGAGAGAAGCAAAGGUCCAGGUCUGGUCUCAUUGUCAGAGGAAUGAUGGCUGGACCCACUGCAAGUUCACAAGAGGAUUCAGUAAAAAGGAGGCUUCUGAAACGAUCCUCUGGCAUAAAUAGCACAAUGCAAUUCAAAGAGGAAGAUCAUCAGAAAAAUUCUUCAGAGGUGCUAACUAGUGAUUUUCAAGAGAUUAAAGGAAUUUCCACAGAGUCCAUGAGUUACCUUUCAUCACAUAAUGUCAGUGGUCUGAAAGUAGAUACGGAAUUUUCAUCAAAGAUUUCAUCAAACUCAUACACAACUUCCGUCAGUGAGAAGCUAAGACAUACACCCAAAGACACAGCUGAUCCACUUGCCAAACUCUUAGAAAGAGAAAGGACCAAAGUUGAAGAAAGGAAAUCAAUGGCAAGCUUUGAUAUAGACACCAGUGAAAAAACCCUCAAAUUAAGUGUUCUUCACAGAGAUUCAGAAGCUGGAAGAGAAAAGAGAGAAAGAUCUCCCAAAAACAAUGAGAAUCGGUUAUCAGGUCGCAGAAAGACUCCAUCAUCCAUAUCCAAUAAAAGUGACCAGAUAAAAGAUGUCCUAGAACUAGUUGAUUUCGAUGAUGAAGCAACGAUUGGGGAAGUUAGUAGGAUCCCAGAACUUUCAACGCUGUAUACACUUGAAAUAGUAUCAAAGGCAAUUGAUAUUUCCCUAGCAAAAGAAAUAAAAAGUCUUUUGUUUGGCUCAAGCCUUUGUUGCUUCAGUGAAGAAUGGAAAAUACAGAACUUUACAUUUAACAGUAUACCACAGCUAAAAUACGGCAUCGUUCAAAAAAAGGGCGGCCCAUGUGGAGUAUUGGCCGCAGUUCAAGCCUGUGUCCUGCAACAACUUCUCUUUGGAGACAGUCACAGAAAUAGCGAUGUGCGGUGUCUGCAACCUUCAGACGCUCAUAGGACCAAAUGCCUCACCGUGGCUAUUGCAGAUAUUUUAUGGCGUGCAGGGGGCAAUGAAAAAGCUGUGGUUGCACUGUCUUCAGGUAGGCAGCAGUUCACUCCAGCAGGAAAAUACAAAGCAGAUGGAAUCUUCGAAACACUAAUACUACAUAGUGUCACAAAAUAUGAAGAUCUGACCAUUUUUCUUCAGCAGAAUAUUCAUCAGUUUGAAACUGGUCCAUUUGGGUGCAUUCUUCUUACCGUGUCGGUUAUCUUUACAAGAUCUAUCGAUCUGGUGCGCAACGAUUUUGAUGUGUCCACAAACCAACUGAUUGGCACCCACGGAUACUGCACACAAGAACUUGUGAACUUGCUGCUGACUGGUAAGGCUGUGUCCAAUGUGUUCAAUGAUGUAAUAGAGCUGGACUCUGGAAAUGGAAAUAUCACAGUUUUGAAAGGAAUCACUAACCGCAGUGAUAUCGGCUUGCUGUCUCUUUUUGAGCACUAUGAUGUUUGCCAGGUUGGCUGCUAUUUGAAGACCCCUAGGUACCCAAUUUGGGUCGUGUGCAGUGAAAGCCAUUUCAGUGUACUUUUUUGCUUGAGAAAAGACUUACUAGGUGACUGGAAAACGGAACGGAGAUUUGAUCUCUAUUACUAUGAUGGCCUGGCCAACCAGGAAGAGGAAAUACGGUUAACGAUACAGUUCAGCCUUACACUGAAGAUAAAGAAAAUGACCUUAUUCCUCCACUUGAGCACUGUAUUAGGACAAAUUUCCGGGCUAUACAGUAGCAGAAUACAGCUGUUGUCUUUUGAAGUGACACACUCCACUGGGACAAUAGGGAUGUACCAAAUACCAUAUGCAGGGCAGCACUGCAGUCUCCAGGCCAAGUCAGUUUUGGGGCCCCUUCUGCAGAGAGUGCCAGCCAGCAUGCAAAUGGGUUCCAAUUGAAGCCGUGGUUCCAGAGAGGUGGAUUCCUGUUGAAUACACAAAGGUGGAAAGGAGCCGUUAUUGACUGGAAUGGCACAGAACCCAUCUUGUGACUGAACUGAAAUAAAAGGAAACUGCUAGAACAGCAUGCUCUUAUUCUCACCAGUAAGGAAGCAGGGGAAAACUCCUGGCCGCUUUUGCAAUGUAUGGUGAAGCUGAGUGACAUGCUGCAUGCAGGCGGGAAGAAUUUCACCUUGCGCUUCAGAUAUUUCAUCCAUUGCGUAAACAUCAUUUACGUAAAUUCUCUGUCACUUCCUUUUAUGCACAAUGCGUGAAAGUAGACAGAACCUCCACUGCCAAAAUAAACUUUCAGACAAAGCA